AUGUCAAAGUGGGUCUCUUCCUCUGCGACAAGCAUCAGUGGUGAUGGCCUCGUCCGCUGCAAGCACAACAUUCCCGCCGUGGUCAAAACAUCUGGUACUAAUGAUAACCCAGGCCGACGCUUCUAUGGAUGUCCAUAUUGGAAGGAUGUGAAGAAGAACUGUCGCUUUUUUAGGUGGGCGGAGAUGAAUGAUGAUGUUUGCGAGGUCCGAGACACAAAUAUUGAGAGGUUAAUACUGCAACUGGAAGAGAGUUUGAGCAUUGCUGAGUCUAAGGCAGAGAGGAGGAAGAAGGAGAAGAAGAGGAUAGUUGAAGAAGGAAGGAAAGUGAAUGAAGAUCUCCGUGCAAUUCGGUUUAUGUUAACCGUUAUUGUUGUAUUGAAUGCCUUCGUUCUUUUUGUUGUGUGGAGCCAUCAAUUUGUGAUUUAG